CGCAGUGGCAACACACUUGCAUUUCUUCUUAAACACAUUACAUUCAUUCUCUGCGACCCUUUUUGCAUUGAUAAAUUAUACCAUCGUGUCGUUUAAGAUCUAUCUCUAAUAUUUCAAGGAAUAAUAACACCGCUUUGAUGGGAAAUAUAAUUGAAAAUAUGCCAAUCGCCUGAACAUUGUUGCCAUCGGGUGUUCACCAAGAUUGCACCAUCCGUCCAUUCAUGUAUUGUAAAAGAUGGUGAAAUAAUAGUCUAAAAACCUUAUAAAAAGAAGGAGAAGAAGAAAAAGAAGAAGUACCGACAGUCAAUCAAGUGUCUCUUAUUACAGUAACACCGAAGAGAUCUGGAUGUACCAUAAACAGCAAAAAUGGAAGAUUAUACACACACUUUCUUAUCCUUGUAUUCCCUCUGGAAAGAUGGGAACAAAUCAGAAUUUACAAGACUUAUGCAGGAUAGUCUUAGUGUAGCUGCUGACCCUUACAAAAUGGUAUCAGUCUGCAUUAAGUUAUGCCCAGACUUGUUUAAAAAUCGAUCAAGUGGAAUGCCAGCAAACAUCAUUGUGGAGUUGAUGUCGUUUUUAGGGAAAGGAAACUACCCGAAGUAUGAGCAUUGCUUGAAUGAGGCAUUGCAAGUUGACAUGUUCCAAGUAGCUGUGAGGCAGAAGAAUGUUGGUCUGAUGAGGCUCUUUGUCAAGGCCUUUCAGUUAGAAAGGAUCAAGAUGUUGCUCCUGCCUCAUAUCCAGGAAAUGCGAUUGCAGGGACAGCUAAAGGAAGUAGCUACCCUGGCAACCCUUCUAAACCUGCAGGAUGAGUUUUCCACCGAAGACCUGAUUGUUCCACUCUUUCUACAAGAUCGUCUUUCUCUGGCAGAUGAGUUUCUUCUCACCAGUCCCAGACACCAGAAGGAAAUUUUGUCCUUUAUAGACAGUAUUAUUGGGAAACAAGUAAACAUAAACGAUCUUCACAAAACUUACAAAAUCAAGGAUCCAAAGAAAGUCAAAUCUAGCAAAAUGCUUUGUAACACAGUGGCCAAGCUUUUGAAAAAAUUUGAUUUAGAUGCAUCCAUCUGUCCACACAUGCAGAAACACAGAGCCAGAGGAGCUUUGCGAUACAUUUUUUACAAAUACUACAUUGAGAAAGGCAUUCAGGUUCAAGCAUUUCAGAGUCUAAUAGAUGAUGCUCUGAAGGAGAGCCCACACCUUGGGCCAGACCUGAUGCACCUCUUUGACGAGUACCAUGAUCUAGAAGCUGCUGCUCCUUAUGUCAGAAAGCUUCAGCUUCAUCCUGAUGAUAUUCCAGUAAGAAUAAAGGAAGUAAUUAGUGCAAAGCCUCAUCUCACUGAUGGAAACGUGGAUGUUGCCGUAGACAAACACUUGGAAGAGGAAGAGUGUUGGGAUGAUGGUAGAUUAGACUUUUAUUCACUUAAUAUACCUUUAGAGGAAGUGGUGAUAGUUACCUCAGUUGAGGAGUUCACAAAAUGUAUGUCAGUUUUAACAGAGAGUUCUGUAAUAGCAAUGGAUAGUGAAUGGAAGCCAACUUUUGGCAUUGGAUCUGCAGAACAAGCAUCACUCCUUCAAAUGGCCUCACAGUCUAGGGUUUUCCUCUUGGAUCUAGUGGCUCUCCAACCCUUGCUAGAAGACUCACAUUGGUCCUGCAUUGGCCAGCUCUUUUCUAAUCCAAAAAUCACCAAGAUAGGGUAUGGCAUUAGAGGAGAUUUUAAGAUCCUUGCCAAACUACAUAGUGAAGUACAAAAAGGAUUUGCAAAUGCCAAAAAUGUGAUUGAUCUUGACCAAAUAAAAGGGAUUUUGGUGGAGGAUUAUCCUGACAUCUUUCCUCACAGUUCUUCAAACUACAAAGGUUUAACAGACCUUGUGUAUCGCUGCUUUGGCUUGCCACUGGAUAAAACUGAUCAGUUCUCCAACUGGGCAGCCAGGCCUCUUACGAAGUCACAGAUCAGAUAUGCCACUAUGGAUGUUGUGUCUCUCAUAGACAUUUACAACUUCUUCGAUAAAAAGGCACAAGAACUGAAUAUUGAAGACUGGCAAAAUAUCAGACCCAAGAAGGGAAAAGAAAAAGUUAAGAAGGAUCGUCCAGUCCGAAAGCAGAUUCCAAAGACUCAUGAGGAUAUGCAGAUGAAGGUGAUGAAUAAGGAGCCCAUCCUGGCUGCUGAUUUUCACGUGAUUUGUGACACAAUGGUUCAGGGUUUAGCCAAGAAGCUCAGGUGUUUUGGAAUAGAUGCAGAAGCACUGGAGACAGGAGAGAGCUGUGAUAAAUGCAUAGAAUAUUACGAAAAAGAGAAGAGGGUUGUGCUGACCAAAGGAAGUGCAUAUGAUAGGUUGGCUAAAUUCAUCCCAUCAAGCUUCAUAUACAAGGUUCAGAAAGAAUCUGCAAAUCAACAGGUUGAGGAGAUAGUUAAUGUCUUUAAUGUAAAAGUAACUACCAAAGACAUAUUUGCAAGAUGCCCUAAGUGUAACUCUGCCUCGUACCUGUUUGUACCCUCAUCGAUCAUCCGAGCUCUGAAGGAGAAUGCCAGGGAGAGCGUCGAUGUUAACAUGACAGACGGUGUCCCUGACAAAUGGGUCCAGUGUGAAGGGGGAGAGGUGAACCUAUCAACUGGAAACACAAGGCAGGGUGUUCAUGUUUUAGUUGCCCGUAUUGCAGAGGCUAUCAUCUCCAGGACAGAGACAUUCUAUGUAUGUGCCCAGUGUGGCAGGUGUUACUGGGACGGCUCCCACUAUGAGAGGAUCAUCAAUGGCAGGCUUAGCAGUGUUAUGCAGGAAGGUGCCACUGAUUGUGAAGAAUUAAGUGAAGGUUAAGGAGUCAAGAACCUUGCAAGAGAAGAAGUUUGGCAUGUUCUAUAAAGAGAGAUGCUUCCCCUUGUUAUAUUUGGAAAGUUGGUUGUAUACAUUGGAAGAACUUGAUUUGUGACAGAGGAUUAGAUGGGUUAAUAUCUCUUGUUUGGAAAAAAGGUGAUGUUUGUUCAUGAAUUGAGCUGCAAUUGUAUUACAGAAAAAACUGCAAGAAGCUUUGAUUACACCAUAGCAGGUAAUUGACUGAUUUUGAUGUUAUGUCAGACACAGAAUCAGCAGAUAUGUCAUCAGACUUUCUUGAUUUUUAAAAAAAUAAAUUUGCUUAUUAAAGAUGACAGAUAUAGUAGAAACAAAUGAAGCAUAUGAUUUGUACCAGACAGACAGAAAGAGGGAAAGUAAAAAAUGGAUAAAUAAAAGAAAGAAAGAAUAAAAGUAAUGGAGAAAGAGAGAGGGAAUAAAUGAAUUAGAGGAAGAGAUUUAAAAAAGAAAAAAUGAAUAAAUAAAUGUGAGAGAUUGACUGAAUGAAUGAAUAUGAGCGACAAAAGGAAAUACAUAAAGUAAAUAAGUGAAUGAAUUAAAGAGAAAUACUAAGUAUGGAAGAAUGAGUGAGAGGGAAAACCAUGUAAGAGAAUAUAAUCGAUUAGCUAUUGAAAGAGAUUGUGAUUGAAAAGAGGAAGGAAGGAAGACGAAAGAAAAACAGAGAAAGAGUAGUGAAUUGAAAGUGAAAGAAUGUUACGAAGGUUACUUAAAAGAGGAACCGUGGACAGAUCUAGGGAGAUGGAUUGCAUUUGCUGACGAUAUUUGGAUAUCUCGUGCUUCUCCCGUCUCCAAAUUGUUAAUGAGGCAGUGGCAGUUUAGGCACAGAUGCUCUCAAAGCUGCAUUUCAUACUUUGAUUCAUUUGUUGAUUGGAUUUAUCAUAUGAAACCAAAGACCACAUUUUGUUAAAAAAAAAAAAAAAAAAUAGUACUUCUGUCCCUGAUCAUAAUGAUAUUUUUAUUUCUUUAAUCUUUUGCUUUUGUCUGCCUGUUGGAAAACAAAUAACGGUGGGGUAAAAUUGCUUUUAUUCUCUAUUAAAGAAUAAGUAAAUAAACAAAAUGAAUAGAUAUUUAUGAAUAUAUUUUUGUACACAUUUCAUGCAAAGUACUUAUUUCUUGUUGAAAGCAAUUAGCUGUAUCUUCAUAAUUAAUUUUGUUUUUUUAAACAGAUAUGUAUAAUUUUAUUUCUUCUGAUAUAUAACAUUAAAUAUAGUAUAGUGCAACAAAAGAUAACAUCACAAAAUUAAAUAAAUAUACUCUGUCACUUCUGGGAAAUGAUGUAAUAUGUAUUAAGAGAUUAGGCACUGCUGCACAGUAGGAAAACUUUUUUUUUAUUGACUUUAGUUUUUAUGAUCUCAGAUAUCAGUAUUUGUUUUAAAAGAAAGUGUACAAAGAUAAUGCACUUGUGUGUGUGUAUGUGUGUAUGUGUAUAUGUAUUUGUAUGUGUAUAUACAUAUACAUAUACAUAUACAUGUGUAUAUAUUCUUGUGUGUGUGCGUGCAUGCGUGUGUGCGUGUGUGCGUGUGUGUGUGUGUGUGUAGUUAG